GCGCGGCCCGUUGUCGUCGCCCGUCAGCGACCGAUCGGUACGUUUGCGCCCCAACGCGUCCAGUCGUUCCGAAAACGGGGCGGCCUUACAGGUGCUCAACAACUCUUUGAACCGCAGGUUCGCCAAGAAGUGCCCAAUUCUAUACAGGAUAUCCAGCAAUCGGUGCAAACAUCGCAACCACUCGUCACACCAGCCGUCGGCACAAAGACCGCAAGCGUUUGCACAUUACCCGCAGUGAGACCGGUGUCACCCCUAUUGGGCGCCGCCAGUCCUCAGUUUGCGAUCCCCACACCAGGCGUACAGCCAGUGUUCACGCAGUACUUCACCCGCGGUAACGGUCAGGACAUUGAACUACAGCCCCAGUCGGCGCCCCUAAGCCCGCCCUCUAAU